GUAGUAGAGGAGACUCCACCACUGUUUCACGAUUGUAUUGAUGCCAUUUGCCACUCUCUUUCUGGAGUGAAUACAGUAAACACGGUUAAACAUUGUCAAGUAAUCGCCGGCAUUUAUAGUAAAAAAUAUAUAUUUUAUAAGAGUAUAUAUUUCUAUUUUUUUUGAGAUAUAAGUUAUAAAUCUUCAACAACACUAUUUUUAAAUAAAUAUUCCCGCUCAACUAUCACGUGGAAAAUUAAUAUGUCAUCCUUUACUAGACUUUCUGUGAUCAGAUUACUCGAACUGGCAAUAAUAUGCUGUAUUAUCGGGCUCCACUGGCAUUCAGAAAAUUUCGGUGACUUGCCCACUCGUUUUAUAUCUACCGGAACAGCUGGAGGAUAUCUCAUUAUUCUUGUUGGUUUGUUUGCCGGCGGGUUGAUGGGAACACCAGUUAAUCGACGAGUGGAUUUGUUCUUCAGCCUAAUCGGGUGCGCAUUGUUCAUCGCAUCAGGAGCAUUAGUAAUCGAUGCGUUUGAUAAAGUUGGAUACCGAAGCGCUGCACGUGAUCGAGGUCUAGCACGUGGUUCCUUGUGCAUUAUCGAAGGAGCACUGUUUCUCGUCGAUGCCAUCCUUACUUUCCGUGGAGAGGCUUAAAUUUAUUCAUAAUUUGAAGAUUUAAAUAUUAAAAAUUUUACAUUACGAAUUGAGAUUUAAAAAUUUUUAUUCUACCAAAAAGAACGGUCAUUAAUCUCAAAUUGAUUUUCUUUAAAAGUAACUGUUUUUGUCAAAUUGAAUUAUACUUUAUGAAAAUUUAUUUGCAUAUUACAAUAAUUAUUAUUACUAACUAUAGAUUAUAUAAUAAUAUAUAUAUUUAUAUUAUUAAUUAAGUACAAUGUAUUCUACCUGACAAUUGCAUUAUCAAUAUAUUUUAUAGAAAUCUAACUAUUGCAUCUGCCCUCAUAACAAAACUUUUGGAAAAUUUGUUCUUUUCUGACUCAGCUCGUCAAGUUGGUUUAGAAAAUUCAUAUGCUUAAAAAUUUUAUAUAUGUAUGCAUAUUUAUAUUUAUAUGUAUAUUUAUACGAUAUAACGCGGUUUGUCACGACUAUAUAGUUCACAAUUUUCAUUGGACUCUAAUGUAGCUCAACAUAGUUAUUUUUUGGACCAUUAUCGAGGUCAAGUUCGAAGAUGAGAUAAAUCGAUCAAUUGGUUUAAAAAUUAUAGCAAUUCAAAAUUUUCGAAAAUUGAAAAAAAUCAAUUUUCUGUAAAUUCUUCUUGAAAUAACUUUUGAAUUUAAUAAUUUAUUGAAUCUAUGUAAAUUUCAUCUGAAAGUUCAUAAAAUAAGCUUUAAUUUUUAUGUUAUUUAAUACCGAAUGGCCUUUUUAAAUUAAAGUUGUUAAGAACCAAUUCCAAAGCAGCACUAUUCAAAUAAUAUGAAUAACCCAUAGAAAUAAUUUAAGUUAAGAAGUUACACUAAUUGACAAAUGGGAUAGAAGAAAAGCUUUUUUGGCGUGAUUAUUAAUUAUGCAAACUAUAUUUUAAAUUCUUGCGACAUAUAAAUUUUUAUUUAAUAUCAAAUGGAGGUUGUAUUUGGCACUAAAAUCAGUAAACAUCUGAUACGUU